AUGAUGAUUGGGACCCGAUUUGAAGAGCUCCGAGACAAAAUUCUGAUGAAAAAACCAACAACCUUCCAGGACUUAAUGCUGAUAGCACACAAGUAUGUGGAACUAGACGCGGUAAGGAGAACUUUAACCAAGCAGUCGGAGAGAGCGAAACAAGACAACUCCAAAUAUCGAGGAAAGAAAGAGGAGGAGAGACCCCGGACACAGAGAUUCAGAGGAUUGAGCAGACCUUUUGACUUCACACCACUGAACCGAGCCCCAGUCUAUAUACUCAGCUGGAUGAAACAAAACCCGGUGAUGUUCAACACCCCUAGGAGAAUGGACCCAGACAAAGAACGAGACAAGAGCAAGUACUAUCGCUUCCACGAAGGCUAUGGCCACGAUACAGACCGCUGCUGGGAUCUUAAAAGAGAGAUAGAACAACUAAUCCAAUCGGGAGUGCUGAGGAAAUUCGUCCAUGAAAAGACAGGAGAGAAGAGGAAGGGAGACACCACGGAAAAAGAAGAACAGAACAAGAAAGCUAAAGAGGUCGCAGGCGUAAUACAUGUCAUUGACGGAGGCGAGCGUUACAACAACUCCAAAAAGAAGAAAAGGAACAGAAGAGGCUCUGCGACAAUCUUUGCAAUUGAAAGAGAAAUAGCUCAAGAAGUCUCAUUCGGUCCAGAGGAUGGAGGACACGUACGAGGACCUCACAAUGAUGCAUUGGUGAUAGAAGCAGUAAUAAGAAACCACCUGGUCAAGGGCAUCCUGAUAGAUGAAUGA